UGAAGUCGCACGGGAAACAUCUAAUGAACGUUUAUCGUUUAAAUUAAUUGUUUAAUUAACUGAAUACAGUCGUCGACUUUGAGGACACACGAAAUUAGAAGAGGAUGUCAGAGGAAGUUUUGGAUUUUGAACGAGAAUAUUCACCGAGUCGUUGGUCACCACGAUUCUCAACCCCAGAACAAGUAUUACAAAAUCACGUAAAAUUAGUUACCGAAGCUAGCCUAGAUGCAGUCAUUAAAAUACCUCAUGAACUGGAUAUAGAAUAUGGACCCACAUCUGGACAGAAACUCGAUAUUUUUGGAACGGACCUUCCAAAUGAUGCUCGGAUAUUCGUUUACGUCCACGGUGGAUACUGGCAGGAACUUUCCCGAGAAAUAUCCAGAUAUCCAGUGAAACCGUUUUAUCGAGGUGGAAUCAAAACGAUAAUUAUAGGUUAUGACCUGUGCCCUACGGUUACGCUCGGAGAGAUCAUCAAAGAGAUACAGAAUGCUGCUAAAUACGUCUUCGAAUACGCUGAAAAAAUGAACUCUAGGGGCUUAUAUUUUGCUGGGCAUUCGGCUGGAGCUCACCUCGUUUCGAAAAUACUUGAUAACGCAGAAUUACUUCAGAAUACCUCCGGCUCUAAUCGGCUCCAUGGUGUAUUUCUCAUCUCUGGAGUUUACGAUUUACGUGAUCUAAUCAAGACAACUGUAAAUGCUCCUUUAAAAUUGAAUGAAACAACGGCUGCCGCAUUUUCACCGAUUCUAAGCAAUUAUCAACAUAUACGGGACAGUGAUGUGUUUGACAAGAUACGGGUGCACAUCAUAGUCGGAAAACAUGACAGUCCCACAUUUCAGAAGCAGUCCAGGGAUUUUUGGAAAGUUCUGCAAUCGAAUUUCGGUGUGAAUGCUUACCUAGACAUUAUGGAAAACUUGGAUCAUUUCGACAUAGUCGAAGCGCUCGGAGAACUUGAAAAUUACUUGAAAUUUUUUAUAUCAAACUGUUUCUGUGAUUAAAGUACAUUGAUAUUUAAAUAGCUUUACAUGUAAAUUAAUACAAUAAAUAUUGC